UACAGCUAUAACCAGAGGGCGCUUUGCAUUUUUGCCUCCGAAAUCAGCCUUGCGUCGAGGGUCGAUACCUCACGUGCCUCUGACGCAUCUAUUUCCAUUUUUAGAUGAAGUGAGAGUUAGCUCCCUUUAACCGUAUUGACUUCCGGGAAACAAGGCUUCAGGAAAAGGAAAGAUACGCUGACACCAGAUUGCAGUCAUGUCAACUGAUGGUCCUGAUGAGCUGCCGGGAUGGUUGAACUACACACCAGAGGAUCAACUUGAGAAGCCUGUGGAUACUGAUGUCACAGGGACAAUCCCACAAUGGGUGACGGGGACCCUGUACCGGAAUGGAUCAGGGAUGUUCAAGGUAGGGGAGACAACUGUGAAGCACCUGUUUGAUGGCAUGGCUGUCCUCCACAAGUUCAUCAUCAAAGACGGAAAAGUUCAGUAUCAGAACAAACUCUUGGACUCGGACACCCUUACAAGAAGUCUGAAGGCAAAUCGACUGGUCGUUGGUCAGUUUUCUACAGCUGCAUACCCAGAUCCCUGCAAGAGUAUCUUUGCAAGGUUUUUCUCCUAUUUCACCCCGGAAAUGACCGACAACACAGCAGUGAACAUCGUCCCCCAUGGCGACAUGCUUCUGGCUUUGACAGAGACACCAUCCGUCAAUAUUGUUGAUCCCGAGACGCUCACAAAGAAAGGAUCGAUUCCUGUAGACAAGCUGGUUGCAGUUCAUGUCGCCACGGCUCACCCUCACACAGACUCUGACGGCACCAUGUACAACCUGGGCACUUCAUUCAACCACAAACAAGCUUACAACAUCAUCAAAGUACCACCAAAAGAAAAAGGGGGAGACAACCCCUUCAACCGGGCAUCCCUGGUGUCGACCUUUCCCUCUCGCUGGAAGGUGAACAUCGGCUACAACCACAGCUUUGGGAUGUCGGAGAACUACUUUGUUGUCCUGGAACAGACUUUGGUUACCAACAUCUUGAAGCUGCCUCUCAUGUCUUUCGCCGGAACUGGAUUUGAGAGUUGUAUGUACAACUACCCUGAUGAAAAGGUUCUCAUUCAUCUUGCUCGGCGCUCAGACGGAAAGACCCUAACGACGCAGUACACCGCAGAUGCCUUCUUCUGUUUCCACUUCAUCAACUGCUAUGAAGAGGACAGCAAUCUUGUCAUUGAUUUUUGUGCCUUUGAUGAUGGGGGCGUAGUGCAUGACCUUUACCUCAGUGAUGUCAAGAAAGGCGUCUUAGGAAAACAUUAUGCCAAACUGAGGCGCUGUGUGCUACCUCUUGAUGUUGAGAAGGCAGAGACAGGCAAGAACCUGGUGACGCUACCGGACACGUCGGCUACAGCGGUCAAACAGCCGGACGGCUCCAUCUUCUGUACCCCUGACUACAUCACUGGAGAUGCAUCCAAUGGCGUAAUGAUGGAACUACCCAGAAUCAACUACGCCUUCAACACAAAGAAAUACAGAUAUUCCUAUGGAACCAGAUUCUUGACAGACAAACCCAUGCUGACCAAGGUUGACAUGAAGACGAGGACCUGUGUCCACUGGACGACAGAAGAUGGAGAUCAGCCUGGGGAACCGGUCUUCAUAGCCAGGCCGGGGGGAACAGAGGAGGACGAUGGUAUAAUUCUUUCCCCUGUACUCCCGAUGAAACCUGGUCGCAAGGGCUUCCUCCUGGUGCUUGAUGGGAAGACAUUCAAGGAACUGGCGAGAGCAGAGACGCCCCCUGGUGUCAAGAUGCCCCUCUCAUUCCACGGGUCGUUCAUACCCUGAGGGAAACUUGAACCAAAGAUAUCACUAUGGCAUUGACAGCAUCACAGUUGGCAGUAAUUUCUUAGCUUUACUUCACAAUAAGUUGUGGGAAUACGUCCCGCUUGUCCAACUGAAAAAGAUAUUUUGUAAGCAUUACUUUGUUGAUUUUUAUUCAUAUGGCUUGGUUUUAAAUUUUGUUAUAUUUGCAGUUUUUUUGCAUAGUCUAACCACUUACUAUACUUGUUGCAUUGUUAACAGAAUCUCAAGGCUUGUUCAUGUAGCCGAAAAGUAGAGAAUUGCUGUAAAAACUGGGUGGAGAAAUGUUUUGGCAGAACGUAAUCGUCAAUGGCGAUGACGAGAAAGAAAGUUUGAUGACGUCAUAGGAAGUAGAAUUAUGAUGUUAGUGGCGGAAGAUUGUAAGAGGAAGUGAUGUGAUGGAGGUUAACAGAGAGGUGCAUUAUGGUUUCAAUACCGACUAAACCCAUUUAGUUAGAAGCAGUGAAUGAAAUUAUGCUUAUUGCAUUGUUAACAGAAUCUCAAGGCUUGUUAGUGUAGUUGCAGUCACAGACCAUAUUAGUACAUCUUGUUUGCUUCUAUUGUACUGCUGUCAUAGGGCUGGAAUGAGUCCAGUGUUAAACAACAAAGAAACACACCUAUAUUUAGAGACUGUAGAGGGUUACAGACAUAUUGAUGUCGCUAACAUUAUGCCUAGUUGUGACUGAUGUUCCUGUAGACAAGGCUGGACAUAUGCUAUUUUACUGAUACAGAUGUAUUCACUUUGGAUAUAAUCACUUGUAUAUAACCAACAAACAGCCACUUUGGAUACAGCAAAUCUAUGUAUAACCACUUGGAUGUUAUGAAGUAACAACCACUUGGAUAUAACAAAUCUAUAUAUAACCACUUGGAUAUAAUGAAGUAACAACCACUUGGAUAUAACAAAUCUAUAUAUAACCACUUGGAUAUGAUGAAAUGACAACCACUUGGAUAUAACAAAUCUAUAUAUAACCACUUGGAUAUAAUGAAGUAACAACCACUUGGAUAUAACAAAUCUAUAUAUAACCACUUGGAUGUUAUGAAGUAACAACCACUUGGAUAUAACAAAUCUAUAUAUAACCACUUGGAUAUAAUGAAGUAACAACCACUUGGAUAUAACAAAUCUAUAUAUAACCACUUGGAUGUUAUGAAGUAACAACCACUUGGAUAUAACAAAUCUAUAUAUAACCACUUGGAUGUUAUGAAGUAACAACCACUUGGAUAUAACAAAUCUAUAUAUAACCACUUGGAUGUUAUGAAGUAACAACCACUUGGAUAUAACAAAUCUAUAUAUAACCACUUGGAUGUUAUGAAGUAACAACCACUUGGAUAUAACAAAUCUAUAUAUAACCACUUGGAUGUUAUGAAGUAACAACCACUUGGAUAUAACAAAUCUAUAUAUAACCACUUGGAUGUUAUGAAGUAACAACCACUUGGAUAUAACAAAUCUAUAUAUAACCACUUGGAUUUAAUUAAGUAACAACUACUUGGAUAUAACAAAUCUAUAUAUAACCACUUGGAUAUAAUGCAGUAACAACCACUUGGAUAUAACAAAUCUAUAUAUAACCACUUGGAUAUAAUGAAAUAACAACUUGGAUAUAACAAAUCUAUAUAUAACCACUUGGAUAUAAUGAAGUAACAACCACUUGGAUAUAACAAAUCUAUAUAUAACCACUUGGAUAUAAUGAAAUAACAACCACUUGGAUAUAACAAAUCUAUAUAUAACCACUUGGAUAUAAUGCAGUAAAAGCCACUUGGAUACCACUACAUAUAUAACAAGGGUUAACAGAUACCUCAGUAAAACCUGCUUAAUUUGAAACACUGGUCACAUAGAAACAUACGCUUCUCAGAUAUUAAACAUGAUCAACUCUG